AUACUCGUCUUCUUUCUUCCCUCGCUCCGUCUUCUGCAAGUGCCUGCAAAUUUCAACAAGAAAAGGAGGAAAAAACGUGCCUGCAAAUACGCCUAAAAAAAAAAAAAAAUUCCCUAGAAACCUUGAAAAAUUUCCUUCGAAGCUAUUCUGUUUCUGAUUUCUCUCCAUCACUCGGUCUCUGCAACACCCGUAUUUUCAUUUCUUACGGGUGUUUCUCAUUUAGAAGAAAAUCUUGAAGAAGAGAAUCCCUAGAUAGAUUCCUUUGUUCUUUUCUCUGUUAAGAAAUUGAAGCUAAGGAGCCUUAAAAAAAGAGAGAUACGGUUCAUUCAUCCGUUGGGUUUUUUGCUUCAGUGCGCAUCAUGCGGUGAUCAUCUGGCAGAGCUCGUUCUCUUUGAUCAAAUGGUACUGUUUGUAGUCUGCCGAAAGAUUAAGAUACUGGUGUUGAUACUAAAUAGUCAAUGAGCAUCGAUGUUGAAGUGAUAGAUAUGGAAGAGGAGAACAUGACAUGCUGUGCUGGAGCUGGUGAAGGAGAUUCUGAACCUAAUGGGAGUGGUAGUGAAGCAAAAAUGGACGAUAGUUUUACUGAGAAAGAGGUACAUGCUCAAGAUGAGAAUGGGAGUGGGGAACCACAUGUGGAGAUGGAAUUUGAUUCUGAGGAUGCUGCGAAGACUUUUUAUGAUGCAUAUGCCAGGCAUGCGGGUUUUAGCAUCCGUGUUGGUAACUUUAACCGUCCAAAGCCUGAUGGGACCAUUACAUCUCGAGAAUUUGUAUGUUAUAGAAAGGGUCUGAAAAGGAAGAAUGCUGAGAGCUGCAAUGCGAUGCUUAAGAUAGAAAGGAAGGAUGAUGACAAAUGGGUUGUCACCUCGUUUAUAAAGGAGCAUAACCACUCAAUGGUGAGUCCUAGUAAGUUGCAUUACCUCCAACCCCGCAGGCGUUUUGCUGGUGCGGCAAAAAAUGAUGGUGGCCAAGGGGUGCAGGUACUUCCUGGUGGUAUUAUGUAUGUGCAAAUGGAUGGAAAUCGUUUUUCUGUUGAAAAGACUCGAUCAGUAAGGAACACUCCUGUAGAAUCUAUUCGCCCUGCUAGUAAUGUUGGCCCUGCAAAUUAUGCAAGAACUUCUGGCCAAAAGAGAACCCUUGGACGAGAUGCUUAGAAUCUCCUGGAUUACUUCAAGAGGAUGCAGGCUGAGAACCCUGGUUUCUACUAUGCAGUACAGCUUGAUGAUGAUAACUGCAUGACUAAUGUUUUUUGGGCAGAUGCUAGGUCUAGGACAGCAUACAGCCAUUUUGGUGAUGUGGUCACCUUUGACACAAUGUACAGGCCAAAUCAAUAUCGGGUACCAUUUGCUCCUUUUACAGGAGUGAAUCAUCAUGGGCAGAUGGUGUUGUUUGGUUGUGCUCUGCUUUUAGAUGAGUCUGAAGCUUCCUUUGAUUGGUUAUUUAGGACAUGGCUUGAAGCAAUGAAUAGUUGCCCUCCUGUCUCCAUAACAACCGACCAAGACCGAGCCAUACAGACAGCGAUUGCUCAGGUGUUUCCAGAAACGCGCCACCGUAUAUGCAAGUGGCACAUCUUAAGAGAAGGCCAGGAGAGGUUGGCUCAUGUAUGUCAUGCACAUCCUACCUUCCAAGGAGAUCUUUAUAAUUGCAUCAACUUGACAGAGACAAUUGAGGAAUUUGAAUCAUCUUGGGCCUCUCACCUGGAUAAAUACGAACUCAGGACAAAUGAUUGGCUUCAAGCACUAUACAAUGCUCGUCAACAUUGGGUCCCAGUGUAUUUUCGAGAUACUUUCUUUGCUGCAAUUUCUUCAAACCAAGGGUUUGAAACUCUCACUUCAUUUUUUGAUGGCUAUGUGAAUCAACAGACCACUUUACCACUGUUCUUUAAGCAGUAUGAAAGAGCUGUAGAAAAUUGGUUUGAAAGGGAGGUAGAAGCAGAUUCUGAUACAAUUUGUGCCACACCAGUACUGAAGACACCAUCACCUAUGGAGAAGCAAGCAGCAAACCUUUAUACUAAGAAAAUAUUUACAAAAUUUCAGGAGGAACUGGUUGAAACUUUUGUGUAUACUGCAAGCAAGAUUGAGGGAGAUGGGGCAAUUAGCACAUACAGGGUUGCAAAGUUUGAGGAUGAUCACAGAGCAUACAUCGUUACGUUGAAUGUUCCUGAGAUGAGAGCGAGUUGCAGCUGUCAGAUGUUUUAGUUUUCAGGUAUUCUCUGUAGACAUGUAUUGACUGUCUUCACAGUUACAAAUGUUCUUACACUUCCGUCUCAUUACAUCUUGAAGAGGUGGACGAGAAAUGCAAAGAGUGGGGUUGGGUCAGAUGAACGCAGUAGUGACCUGCAAGAUCAAGAAGCCAUGACUGCACGAUACAACAAUCUGUGUCGGGAAGCCAUAAGAUAUGCAGAGGAAGGAGCAAUUGCUGUGGAGACCUAUAAUAUGGCAAUGGGAGCUCUGAGAGAGGGUGGCAAGAAGGUUGCCAUUGUGAAGAAAAAUGUUGCAAGAGUCACACCUCUUACCUCUCAGGUUACUGGUGGUAUUCAGGAAGAGAGUGCCAAGAGAAUUUCGGUGCAGGUUUCAGAUAUGACCCCAACUUUAUGGCCUUGGCAAAAUGAAAUGACACAUCGGUUUAACCUUAAUGAUGUUGGUCCACCUGUUCAAUCUGUCGCAGGUCUGAAUCUUCCGCGCAUGGCUCCUGUAUCCCUUAAUAGAGAUGAUGGCCCACCUGAUAACAUGGUUGUUCUUCCAUGUCUCAAGUCAAUGACAUGGGUCAUGGAGAAUAAAAAUUCAACUCCAGCGAAUCGAGUAGCCGUUAUCAGUCUGAAGUUGCAAGAUUACGGCAGAGCUCCUUCAGGAGAAUCAGAGGUGAACUUUCAGCUUUCAAGAGUUACACUAGAACCGAUGUUAAGAUCUAUGGCCUACAUCAGUGAGCAGCUGUCAACGCCGGCUAAUCGGGUAGCUCUUAUCAAUCUGAAGCUUCAAGAUACUGAGACAACUUCUGGAGAAACAGAGGUGAAGUUUCAAGUGUCUAGAGAUACUCUGGGUGCCAUGUUGAGAUCAAUGGGCUAUAUACGUGAGCAGCUGUCAAAUGUUGCUGAGCUUCAAUCCGAGCCAUCAAUAAAGAAACAACGGCAGUAGAUUCAUCAAAGCCAAGUUUUUUUGUUUAUAGCAGGUGUGCUAUAUCUUUGUUGACGGCAUUUGGCAGAGCUAUGUUUGUUUAUCUUGCUAAAUCAUCUGCCCUUCAAUGUAAGCAUGUGAUCUUACCUAUUUGUAAAUGUAACCUGUUAAAACUAGGAUCUGAGGUAUCAAUGAGUCUAAUUCAGAUCAGAAGAUGGACUCUCAUCACUCUCCCCUUGGACUGGGGAUGCCUCUUUCUACUAUUUUUAGUCCCAGGGUCGGGGGUAUUUCCUCUUAGGAUCAGGGGUGGUUCUGUAUUUAUGUGGUGACCUAUCUUAGAAGCUUCUUACAUAUGUUAUUUAGUUGUGGUGCCUGGGGAACCCUCUUGUUGCGUAUACCAAAUUGUAGCUUGAUGAGUAAUUGGUGGAACCAUUUUUCUUUUUCUUAUUGGUCUGAUUUUCUCCCUUUUAUGGGGAGUGGGCUAAAGCUACCCUAUGUUCUCUGAUAUUAUGGUACAAAGAUAAGAUGCAUUAAUGGGUAGGCCUGCUAAUGGUUGUUCUCUAUUUCUGAAUGAGUUAUUCUAAGUUCUGCUAACUAUUGUCUGUAUGUAGGUGGUUGUGUUCAUCCUCAUAGGUUCCCAAUUCAGGGAGACGAUUUUAGAUUGAAUAUUGAUUCAGAUGAUAGUAACCAUGCACUCUUAAAAUUCUGCUGGAAUUACCCAACAAAUGCUUAUGGUUUUAGGGAGGAGGGGUAAUGUGCUAUGGCAUUUGAAAUUGCAUGAUACAUUCCGUCCUUCAAUAUACAUAUUGACAACCCCCACAACACGCACACAAAAAUUUGGGAGAGGGGAAGGAAUUGGAAUGAAAAUAUGUGUUCAUGUAAGGUGAUGUCUUAUUCUUUAUGUUUUUAUCUAUAGAUCAUCAUUUCAAGUGGAACAUUUUGAUGGUUACUUAUAGAGGCUAUGAUAUUUUUUAAUUUUGUUUGUUUCUCUUCAACAGAGGUGAUUUCCACUUUGAUGGUUACGUGUAGAGGCCAUGGUAUUUUUUAAUUUUUUUUGUUUCUCUUCAACAGAGGUGAUUAUUCUUUACAGUUUGGUUGGACUGUGACGAGCCCAAACAGCUGUAAAUUGGUGUGUUUUUACAUUGUACUUGGUAAUGAGUAAUCCAGCUUGCAGAUCAGAUUUCCAUCAAGGCAACCAAUCCCUGCACCUUAAUAGAAAUCUAAUUCUUUUAGGUGGAAGUCUUGAUUCCUAUUUGUCAUAGGAGUUGAAGCGUGGAGGUUGAAGAUGCGAUUCCCAUAAUACAAAGGUUAUUGGUGCAUUAUCUGGACAUAUAUUUCGGCAACCCCCGGCUGUUUGUGCUUCAAAAUCAGACUAAGCCCCAAUUUUAUUAUCCUUAAAAAGGAUCUUUGAUUUACCAUUAUUAUAUUUUGGUUUGGACAUGUUAAUACACAUUAGCCUUUAGUGCUCAAAAUUCUUCUGCUGUUCCAAUGGUUGGCAUGUAUAUGAGGAGGAUCCGAGGAAAUUAUAUUGCUAGGCAUAUUAGUGAUGACCAUCAAGCAAUUGUAAGCCAUCAAUGUAUUCUUAUUUUCCUCUUGAAGGGGUUUGAUGUGGUAGAUGGUAAGCUUGCAUAAAAAAAAUCAGUUUGAACAUGAUAUGGAAUUGAUUCAUUUA